AUGGAGUGGGAGAACAGCGGAGACCCAGUUGCCAUAGAAACCAGGACUCGAGCUGCUUAUCCCUCAAAGUGGCUUGCUUUCAGUCGCCCGGUUCCCCUCAAAUCGCACCGAAAUCAAAUAUCGCGAGAAUUCGUGACGUCUCGCAGCAUCACUCUCCACCUUUUCGAUUCCCGGGCUGUGAGACGAAGCUCCCGCGAUACGUCCCAUGGAGACGCGUAAGUUCUCGCGAUAUGUCGGAGCUCCGAGAGGGGACGGGCACCUCGGGGGCGGCAACGCUGGGAGAAAAUGGCCGACGAGGCGGGUAGCAACGGGGACGCUUGUGCUCUGCCAGUGGGGAAGGAGGCAGUGGACCGUCUGAUCAGAGAGAACAGCCACAUCUUUACGGAUGCUCAGUGCAGAGUAUGUAGUGCAGUGCUCAUCUCUGAGUCCCAGAAGCUUGCUCAUUAUCAGAGCAAGAAACAUGCAAACAAAGUUCGGCGAUACAUGACUAAACAGUGUGAUGAGGAAUUCACUCAGAGUAAGAGACUAAAGUUGGAUACAAAGCAGGAAAGCAACAAUGGAGAAGACAGAAACAAGUGCUGUCCCAUCUGCAACAUGACAUUUUCUUCUCCUGUUGUGGCCAACUCCCACUACCUAGGCAAGACUCAUGCCAAGAUUCUGAAGUUGAAGCAACAGCCUCUCAAAGCAGAAGCAUCUGCACCAGCUCAAAGACAGCCAACUAAUUUUCCUCCCCCGACUGUGUGCUCUCCUCCUGAAGAAAACCAGGACACUUCUGACCCAGACAAAUUCUGCAGUCUCUGUCAUGCCACAUUCAAUAAUCCUCUGAUGGCAAAACAACACUACGUAGGCAAGAAACACAGAAAGCAGGAAACCAAACUUAAGCUCAUGGCACACUAUGGCAGAACCCCAGACGAACCCGCUGCUUCAACAGCUGGAAAGGGCUAUCCCUGUGAAGACUGUAAUAUAGUUCUGAACUCCAUAGAGCAAUACCAAGCUCACAUCAGUGGCUUCAAACACAAGAACCAUAUACCAGGAGGAAUUCCUGUUACAGCUCGGUACCCGAGAACACUGUAUACAAGGGAGGAGACAGCAGGUCCUGAUGGCUACAGCUAUUUCAGUCAAGAUCUGUAGAACAAGUUCCAGUGCUGUUUUUGAAUUGCUGGUGGCCCAAGCGAACAUCAGUUGCCGGCCUGCUAUGAUUUUAUUGUUCCUCUGGCUAAACGAAACCUUCCUAUCCUGCAGUAUACUGGUUUAACAGAUUGAGAACUGACUAUUGGCUAAAGGAUCUUGAAGGGAAAGGUCUACUAGUUGGCAUUUGCUCAGUCCUUUAGAAUAGUUUUCAUAAUGUAUUCUCUUCCUAUACUAGCUGGUGGAUGGGGUGGGGUUUGUGCCUGACACAGGCAGAGCUUGACACAUGACAGUGUUCUGUUCAUGAGUCCAUCCUUCCUUUCUGCCUGGAGGAAGAAGAAGCAGAAAAGAGUUCUACAUCCCAUGCUGGCCAGAGAAGAUCAGCCUUUGGAAGAAAGUUUGUUUGGCUUGGUAACACAGUGCUUAAUGUAAGGUGUGGAAUGGGUGAAAGAGGCAGAUGGAUGAUCUCAUCUAGAAUGGAGUGUGCUACAUUGCUAUAUUUGUCUUGCUCCUUCAUGAAUUUGUAUGAAGAGUUCCUUAGGUCACCAGUUUGCCAUUUCCAUCCUAUUUGUAGUUCUGGAGCAUCUGAUAAUGUGUUUAAUAAAUUUGUUUCUGUUAGUAAUGUGAAGAAUCUACUUCCAAAGAGCAAGUAGGUGGAGGCCUUGUUGAAGCAAAUCACAAUGACUCCAGCAAACUGCAUUUCAUUCUCAAUUCCUCAUGUUCAUCUUGUGAAAAUUAUAAUGUGUUUGAACCUAGUGGUGUGUACAGGCAGUCUCUAAGUUACAACAAAAUUGGUUCUGUAGGUUUGUUCUUAAGUUGAAUUUGUCUAUAAAUCAGAACAGGUACAUUUUUAAGUAACUCCAGCCAAAGAUAGAUAGAUAGCAUAGGGAAGAAUUAACACCCCUAUAGUAUUUGUUUUGCUGAUUUCACCUCACUUUCUGUGCCUGUGAUAUUUGAUUUUGAAAAAAUUGGCUCGUUGUGGAAACAAGGAUUAGUGAUCAAGCUUCAGUGCCGACACCUUUUCCCCAUAAUAACUCUUUCAGGAGUGAAUUUCCCUUCCUAGGGGUAGAAUUCUCUCUCUUCCUGCUGCCACCGCUCAGUUUGUAACUAUGAGUUGUUUCUAAGUCGGAUAUUUGUAACUUGGGGACUGUCUGUACAAGGUUUUGUUGUAUUAAAAUGUUCAUCAAAAAUGUCUUGAUGUGGUAGAGGCUUCUAAAUUUUGGUUCCCCCCCCCCCCCCCAGAACAUUAAAAUAUUUAACAGAUGUGUACAACAGAAUGGCAAAGUCAAGAWAAUUUUGAGGCAGGAGCAUGACAUUUGCGCGGUUAAUUUCAUUAAGUCCUCAUUCUAAAUGAGAAAACAACACGUUACAUAGUUCUACUAUCGAGCUUCAUAAAUCCUGUUGCCAUGCCCCAAGGCUUGGGUUUAAAAUACCAUAUCUUUUAAUGCCUUUGCAUAGGAGCUCUUGCAGUUCUGUUUGGACAAAAUCUAUUUCUUAGAUAUCUCUGUGCUCCAGCAAAUCUAUCCAUUUGUUUGUAAUAACUUCAUUUGACUCAGGAAAGAAUGUUGGUGACUGCUGGGAAUAAUACUUAAGGUGAAUUGUUUCCAUGCCCCUCUUGGAAAGAAGAUAAAAUGUAUUAGUCACUUCCUUUCCCUUUGUAUACAGUGUUCCCUCGCUACUUUGCGGUUCGCUUUUCGCAGACUCGCUGUUUUGUGGGGUUUUGCCUCCCAGUUUAUGAAUGGUUGUCGUUGCCCAGAGUGGCGUUCUAAUCCCGCCUCCUGGCAACAAUGGAGUGUGGAAGGGGGUUUUACCCUCCCCCUCGGGAGAGAGGCAGCCAAUCAAGAGAGAUUGCAAAGCAAAGCAGAGAUAGUUAGCAAAAAAAAAAGGUUCACAGUGCCUUUAAAUCUCUCCCCGCUUCUGCCUCACCCUCGAAAUGCAAUAUACAUAUAUGGCAUGCCUACUUUGUGGAUUUUCACUUUUGACGAGUGAUCCUGGAACAUAACACCCACGAUAAGUGAGGGAACACUAUGUACAAGUAGAAGUAAGCUUGAGGGCUAUUGACAUCUAGGCUAAAUCAGUGUUUACCUGAGGACUAGUUUCCAGAACAGUGGGUUAAAAUUCUGAUCUUCUUUGGCCAAAAAUAAGGUUUAUAAAUCCUAUCAUAUAAUAGAAGUAUUGUGAGAUACUCACUCUUAACACUCUUUUCUGCUUUUGUUGAAAACAAAUAAUGGAUUUUUUUCUUUGUCCAUAUUUGCUUUAAGAUGAAUCGUGAUUUUGGUGAACCCCUGUUUGCAAGCUUCUUUGACUCGUUAAUCCCAUAAUUAGUGGAGGAUCCAUAUUUUCUGUGGAUACUUCAGUUCUGUUUCCUAUGUGGCUUUUGCUGUUUUCUGUUACAUUCCUAACCAAAGCUAGAAGGCAAAAGUUGUGGUUCUUUUCACAACUGGCUAUAGAAUUGCAGAGUCCUGUCCUUUAUCAUGUCUAGUGGCAUGCUGUGUGAAUUUGUGUGCCCUCCUGUUCUGAUAAAGUGAGGUUAUUAGCUGGUAUCUCUGUCUCUUCUAGUAGCCUCCUGAUCUCCAUGUGAACACUACUACCUGUAUACUUUAUAUAUAGCUGCUUUGGUAGGAAUUGCUUCUCUGCCACCUAGAAAAGUAAAGGUGAAGGUUUUUGUCUCUCUUCUGUCCAAGCAGUAAUGUUAAUCAAGAUAAGAUUCUGAUCAGGCAAACCUAGCAGUGCAUUUUCUUGUAUUCCUUCCUAUCUGCAGUGAUACCUUACAGCCCAUUCUAGAUAUGGACUCAUUGACAUGAUAUCAUCAUCAUUGCCUUUAUGUGCUGCCAGGCUUUUGUGUCAAAAUGAAAGCAUAAGUGGUUUUUAAUGCGAAAUUUAUAUUUGUGACUUUAUGUUGGGGGAUGGUUGAUAGGAGUAGUUGUCUUGAAACUGAAUUUCGUAUUUCCAAUAGAUUGAAAAGUGUUUGUUCUGUCAGCUGCCCCCAUCACCACCAUUUCUUCAUUUAGUUUUGAUCAAAUGACGUGACUCAAAGGGGACAGCAAAGUUCUCUCUCUCUCCCUCUCUCUCUCUCUCUCUCUCUCUGACGGCAUCUGUAACAAAAAACCACAAAGGAAUAUAUGAUAUACAGCUUUCCUUAAAUAAUUGAUAAGACAAAUAUGUAUCUUCUGAUUUGCCAAUAGCUAUGUUUAUAUAAGCCUUGGUUUAUAAGCUUCAACUUCCCCUGCUUUUAACUUUUGUCUUUUGUCAUUCUCCAAUAUCUUGCACUGUAUUUUUGGAGACUGCUCUCUGACAUACUGAGUGAGCAUCUUCAGUUACUGAGCAGAGAUCUGGAAACCAUAAUUGCCUCCAUGAAGCUCUGGUUUUAGAUUUGGUUUCUACUGUAUAUUGAAUUAUGUUGCUGUUGUUAACACUUAAUAUUUUUGGCAAGUACAAGGCUGAGGAAGUACUCUGUUACAUCAUUACCAUGAUCCAUGUGCUGGCUUAAUCUCAUAUGGAUUAGUCAUUAUAAAUUCAUGAAUUUC